GAGCCACACAACUUAGCUGGAAGCCAUGAAGAGCCUUAGUUUAUUUAUAUUACUUUUCAUCCGACCUCAAUUUAUGAGAACUGAACCGAAAGUGCCUUUCAGCAAAGGUGAUUUGAAAACAUCAAGUGAGAUACCUUUAAAUAACACGAAAGUGAGCACCUUCAGUCCCCUUAAUUCAACAAUAACAUCCAUUACGAGAUCGAGAACACGUUUGCCAUAUCCAUUUGUAGCAUCAAUACAGAUCAAUUCGAAGGGAAAGUAUCAGCAUCUCUGUGGCGCCACGAUAUUACAUGCCCAAUUCGUAUUAACAGUGGCUCAUUGCUUCAAGAAAUACACUGAACUCAAAGCCAAAGAUUAUUUUGUGGCUGCUGGUUCCAAUAAGUUGUUCGAUGAGCAAGCUAAACGAGUUCGUGUCAGCAGUAUAACAAAGUAUAUUGACUUCGACGUUCGCUAUGGCUACGAUAUUGCCUUAAUCAAAUUGGAAACUCCAAUGCCUCUCGACAACACUCGAUUUGCCAGUUUAGAUUUUAAGGACGACACGAGAAAAGGAGGCGAUGUGAAUGUUUUGCUACUCGGCUGGGGCCACACACAACCCAGCGUACCUAAGAAUCUGGAAACUGUGCCGUUUCGCACCAUAACAGAUAUACAGUGUUUUUUAGAGCAUAAAUUUAAAUACUUGACUGGCUCUGAAAUUUGUGCGAUCAACACAGGUGGACCUCGCGGAGCGUGCGAUGGCGACUCGGGCGGACCUCUAAUUGAAGAGGGAACACAAUUGUUCUAUGGCAUGCUCUCAUAUGGACGCAAGCCCUGCGAGAAGGGAAAACCAUACGCCUUUACACGUAUCAGCGAAUAUGUCAACUGGAUCAAGCAGAAAAUGAGUGAUUUGCAAAAAGUCAGUCACAAGACGACACCUUUAAAGGCCUUGAAGAAACGCUCUAAGUAGAUAUACGAAUAUGCCGCACAGUUUGUACAACUUAUUCGCUGUAUAUUUUUCUUAAUAUAUGCAGUAUUAUUCCCAGUUGACGUUU